AUGCUAGAAGUGACCAGGAUCGUAUUUGUGGGCGACUCCAUAACCGAGUUCUGGGAGAGUGUUGGACGGAUGACAUGGGACAGGUCCUACGCGCCCAGACAUGCCUACAAUUACGGCAUAUCAGGGGACAGGACUGAGAACGUGAUCUAUAGAAUAAGAGAAAAGGAGUUUGAUGGUCUCCACCCUAAAGUGGCUGUCCUUAUGAUUGGCACGAAUAAUAUCGGUUGGAAUAACAGCGUCGAGGAUACCGUUCGCGGAGUAAAACAAGUGUUGACUGAAUUGACUGCCAAACUGCCCGACACUAAAGUCAUACUCACCUCACACCUGCCGCGAACUGAACCCUAUGGCUCUAAAUGCAAACAAGUGACUGAACUCAUCCAGCAGUUUGCCGACAAUAAGACGGUUUUCUAUGAGGACUUGUGGACUCCGUAUGUGUUUCCAAACGGCACGCAAAAGUUGGAGCUCUUUGUCGAUGGACUACACCUCAGUCCGAAAGGCUAUGAGGUGUGGCAACAGACUAUGGAACCAUUGCUUAACAAAUUAAGUCCAACCCUGUAAUGACAUGUUUAUUAUUAUUAUAAAUAUUUAAAACUAUUAAUUCGUAAUAACGUUAAAUAAAAUAUAAUAACGUUUAAAAAUAUUUUAU